AGUAACAGAAACAGGCCCUUUACUACAAAAAUUAAGUGCUCCUCCCCAGUUUUUAAUACCUUUCUUCAGCAUGUGCAGCAAAUGGAGACUAUUAUAGGUAAACCUGUAAGGAUAAUUGUCACCACACACAAAAGCGAGUCUUCCUCGUGCUUCCAAAUGUACAGGAGGUCAGCAGAGGCAGUCACAGCAGAGUCUUUGAAAAGUACAGUAGCACUUAACAACACUAGAUAUUUACUAGAUAGUUAUUGUUAUCACUGUUAGUCUGCCGUGGAGUCUGUAUCAAGCUGUACAUCUCCAAGUUAAAGAUUUUCAGCAGAGCUUUAGCAGCUGUGCUUAUCAUCUCUUUACCGUUUUACUAUUGUCAUACACAAGAAAAGUCAAAGCUGUCCCGGUGAGAUGAACUUCAGUAGAAGGGAAGAUUACAAACCGAGCUGCUUUAUCAGUGGAAAAAGUACUUUGAUUACCCUAUGCAUGCUGUAGGAUUUAAUUAUAGAGUAGAAACAUUACAAUUUCACCUCCUGCUAAAGGACAUUAUGUUGAUUUAUUAAAAAGUGCUUGAAGGUAAUGGCUGCAUCUAAUCAUGUAAACCAGCAGGAAUGCUGUAUUGAAAAUAUAUAACUAAAGUCAUGCAAAAUUUACUUUUUAAAAAAGAUUAUUGGUAUUUUUUGACAUACCUCUGAAUGCGGUUCACAUAAUAAAUACAGCUUUGCACCAAAUUCAGUCAUUCCUAACUACAGUAGUAUGUUCCAGAUCGAUAAUACACUGAUAGAGAAAUGCAAGUUUAUGAAGUUGAUUAGGAGAAAAAGUUUCAAGAAACUAGUUUCUUUGCUCUACACUCAGAAGGAAAGGUUUUAGUCAUCCAUAACCAAAACUUUAAAGGUGCAUAGUUGGUUACUCACUAAAGGGCAGUUUGAUAAGUUAAGAGCUAUGCUUUGAUUCUUAAUUCCAGUUCACCUUCAUGACAAAGCAGCCAUACUCCUAGAAUGUCUUUGCAUAUAUCCAUCCUUGCCCAGAGAAGCAAAGGGGGGAAACACAACAUUUUUUCCUUUUUUUUCUUCCUUUUUUUUUUUUUUCUCCUUCGCUGUGCAUGCUUAUCUUUGCUUUAGCCCGAAAUGGGGUGGUUUUUUGGUACACGUAUAUGAAAGAUCUGGUACUGCACCCUCCUUGUCUUGUUCACUUCAAAUCCCUUACUGACAUCACUCACUCCUCUUUGCUUUGUAUCCUUUUCCAGUGGAGUCAGCAAAACCUGCACUGGCUUUUUCCUUCCAGCUGCAUUUUUUUUUUCCCUUCCCUAUGCUAUCUGCCAGAUUUUUCAUUAACUGCUGAAUAAAGUUGCAAGUUGUUUAGGGCAAGGGCUGCGUCUACUUACCGUAGACCUAUACAUGUUCUGAGAAGGUCAGAGCCUGCCAUUGUGAUCUCCUCUGGCACAUGCGGGGCGCAAGCUGAAUGAGGGGAGUUCUUCAAGCGUGUGGAAAUCCUCUUCCCUCUACCAAAUCUGAGUGCUUUUGAGAGUGUCAGCAGCGUUUGUUUGCUAAGAAACAGUCCCAGCUCUUUCAGCCACUCUGGUGGCACUGGCCCAGUUCCAAGCAGCCCUUAGGCAUGAGUUCUGGAGUGACUGGUUUCAGCCUCUUAUCACCACGGAGACAGAAACCCAGGGAGACAGCAGCAACAAACAGUCAGGGGAAAGAAAACACCUGGGGCUCCAUGGCUCUGGAUGAGAGAGAGGCAGGGAUGGCCAACUCCACAAGUGAUCCAGAGACGGGCAAAGACACGGAAGAUCUGACAAAAGGCCUGGAGGACCUCCGUGAGAGCCCCGAAGAGGAGAAGAGUGAGAAGGCUCUGCUGCAUUCACACCUAGAACAGCAGCAUCACCUUAUCUGUAUACUGAAGAAAAAAGCAGACGAUGCACACAAACGCUGCAGAGGCCUGGAGCAGCUCAACAUGGAGCUGGAGAAACUGAGGACAGAGGAUGCUGUGAAAAUGAAAACCCAGACCCAACGGAUUCAGCACUUGGAGGGGCGCAUCAUGGAUCUGGCCAACAACCAUGAAAAAAUGAUGCAGUUCAGGGACGAACACAGGAAACGGCAUAUGCAGCUGCAGGAGGAGAAUAAGCGCCUGCGGCAGAACGAAGUGCUUUUCAGCCAGACUGUGAGGGAGAAGGAAGCUGAAGUCCUCCAGCUCGCUGCCCAGGCCAGAAAGCUCUCGCAGCAGUUAGACUCCCUGCAGGAGAAAUGUGCUUACGAGAGUCGCAGAGCCCAGGAGCGAGAAAAGGAGCUGCUAGAAGCUCAGAGCCAGCAAGCAAGUGCCCACGCCUGGGAAGUCGAUGCACUAAAAAACCAGCUGCAACGCCUACAGGAGGAGCACCAACAAACCGUGGCACAGGUGGAGCACGCAGAAAGUCAGCAGAGGGCUCAGGGCAUCGAGCUGCAGGCCAGGCUGGAGAGGGUGAACGAGGAGAAAGAGCGACUACUGAACCUGGCCACGGAGAGGGGCAAAGCUCUGCAAGAUAAGCAACAACGGGAAAUUGAGCAGCUGGGGAAGAAGCUGGAGGCUGCAGAAAAAGCCAGGCAGAGAGCAGGGAAGCGCCUCAUGAAAGAGGCAGCAGCAGUGGACAAUGAUCUGAAGGUCCAAGAGCUCCAACGACAGCUCGAAAGCAGCAAGCAGGCAUACAACGAACUCUCGCUGCAGUUUGACGCUUACAGAAAGCACACUAUGGAUUUGCUGACUAAAGAAAAAGUGCUGAACAUCAAACUCCGUCAUUUUAUUGCGUAACUGCAGCUUUCUGUUCUCGUCUCAGCAGGUGCUUCUACUGUAACACACCACUGCAUUUUGUUCCUUUCCAUGAGACCAUCUUCUGAUUUCUCUGUAAUGUACUUACCAUCUUAAAGACUCCUACAAGGAUUGUUCUGUAGCCUUUUUUUUUUGUUACACUUUUACAUAAGUAAAAGAGCUCUAGACUGUUAGAUCUGAACAGGGAUUGUUGAACUCAUCAAACCUGUGACAUGAAAGAUGAGGGUGAGAAAUGUAAAAUAUGAAUUUGAUUUAUUUGAUCCUAACCUCUGUGGUAUCAUAGAUUUUCAUUUUUUACAGUUAAAAGCACAUUAUUUUCCAAGACGGACCAAAGAUCCAAACCUUAGCCUUUUAUGUUUGAUUCUCCCUUGAAGUUCAACAGAGGUUGGGCAUGUAAGAGGCAACACCGAGUCUCCAGGACAGAAAUCCCCCCUUGCAAUGGCUACGUCCUGAACAGUCAUGAUUCAGGAACCCAACAGGUCAGAACAGUAAUAUCAUACAACACCUGAUGCUCAAGGAGAUGAUUGUGUACAGCUGUCUAGUAGUCUUGUGGGUUUCUACAGUUGUUUUAGUCUUAUUUAAUGUCAUAGCAUUAUAUAUAUCGCUGUUCAGCUCAAAAUAAAUUGAGAGG